UCCAACUCUCACACUCACCAAUGUCCCUUUUACGAAUGCAAUACGAAAGUGCGUGUAUCGCACGUUUUUACCAAAAGGCACUCGGCAAAGUGGUCGCGCAGCUCAAGUUUUGUAUCUACUGUCAUUUCUUUGGUAUCACACACACACGUAUCAAUCUACCGCUAUGGGAAUCGCUGUUUAACUUUCUUACUUGCACCCAGUUAGUCUCAUCAAUAAUGCUUGUCACUUUUUGACAUGCUGUGCAACGAAACUGUCACUAGCCGUAGCCCAACUUGAAUAAGCUGGAAAGUCGCAACAUGAACUGGACGUUGUAAAAGUAAAAAGCAGCUAGCACAUAACCAAUCCAAUGCAUUCCUCUGUCAACAACAACACUUGUAGCUCCGAUAAGCUGUUCUUCGUCGCGUAGCAGGUCUGAAAGACAGUCAAAAAUCUAUCACUUGGCAUUUCACCUCAAUUCGUCAAUCAAUUGGUUGCCCCGUGAGAGGUCUUUUUACGAAGGAUCUGGCUCUGCGAAACUCGGAAGUUUGCCACUGCAAAGUCCCAAAAACAUCGUGACGCCUAAUUGGUCAAUCCACGUCUAAAUCCUCAAGAAGUACUUUUUACGAGAAGAGUGAGAGUGCUGCUGGUGCUGCUCUUCGCUCGUGAAAGAUAUGUCUAGCCCUUCUUCGGCUAGAUUCAACUCGUCCCUGUCGCCAAACAAGAUGAGACAUUUUAACGGCGAGAAUGGUGACUUGGAGUCGUGGGGUGCAGAAGGCUCCGAGAGCGGACGUCCGGUUGCUCUGACGCAUCCCGCCGACGAUCAGGAUCGCAGUCGCAUUGACCACCACAACAUGCUAAAUCACAGCUACGAUGAUGACGAGGAUGAGGAACUGCUCGGUGGCAGUGGCUCUUCUAGUGGAUACAACUCCAAUUCUUCGUUGAAGAGGAAUCGCGAUCAAGAAAGCGCCAGAGGCAGCAGCUUGAUCAAGGAUCCGUAUGCAACGACAUCCCCGCAAGUGGAACAGUGGCGCAAGAACUUCGCCAGCAUCGUCUGCUGUGGUUUGUUGGUGUGGACUAUGCUGUGGGUCUUUUGUCUCUACCACUGGCCGGCGCAAUCCGCCGCCCCAAAGAAGAUUCCAGCACGCCCACGCGGGCCUGAGACAACGACUACGGCCGUAAACCAAGUUGUACAACAUCCUGCGGCUCAGCACGAAGCUCCUGUCGCUGUUCCUGUCGUGGCACCUGUUCCUGAAAAAAAGGUCGUUGCCGUCGUUCCGGGCACCCCGCUAUCUGAAUGGCCUGAUGCACCGCCUCGCUUUGAUCGCACUCCGGCGCAAAAAGCGACGGAAAAAAUUCCCGAUGCACUACGCUUCACCUGCGAGGGGCAGCCCGUGAAAGGUAUCAAGGACGGAGCCGACUACCUGAUCUACAUGCUUCCCUUUGAGGACAGCACGCAAGGCCGCGCAGUCGCUGACAAGUGUCUCAACAUUCUGUGGGAGAGGUACCUCAUGAUCCUACAACUUCAUCUAAAACAAUGAACUCCGAGACUCAGACUAAUUUUUGGCGUGUACAAAUAAUUAGUACACAGAUAUCUUCAAGACCGCCGACCGGCACUCUACCUCCAAGCUUUUUCCAGCUCCAUCCAACUUUUUCCUUCCUUCAAUGCAGGUAUUCCGAAGAGGGCAAAGAGUUGAACUGGGGACAUUUCGAGAAAGUGUACGAUGUUACCACGGUGAGUCGUCAGGACCCCGAUCGAUUUCCGCCUGCUCAUAACUGGCGGCCGGCGCUGAACUCCGGAAAGCACGCGAAGGAGAAGUUCUUCAGUCACAUGAAGAGGCAGUUUCUUGGUACUUCUAGUUCUAACUACUAUGAAACAAAUCGGAUUUAUAAAGCACUUAUACGAAUGAUUUGCGCAACAUUAGAAUACAAUUCACUUACAAAGAUACACAUGAACUCAACAUGAUGAUGAUACCAACAGGAACCGGCGCUGCAACCCUGUACUCUUUUAUGGUGCGCUUGGAUACUCGUACAUCUGUUUGGACCGGAGUGUGGCAGCAUCCUUACGGCUACACUGAAGCGAAUGACAUUUUGCGCAGUGGCUAUUUCUGGGAGGUGCAGGUAGCCAAAGAAGAUCGCGGCCAUGGAAGCUGUGCCACGGCUGUCUCAAACAUGUUCGAUCACGCUCAGAGACUCUACAACAGCCGCAAUCCCAACGACCCGUCUGGACCCUCGUGGUCGAGUGAAUGUAUGAGAGGAAGAACAGAGAAUAUUUACCUAAGUAAGCAAUCAUCAUCCUAUGUAACGGAUCAGAUUCAAAUGCAUGGUCAUGUGUGACUGGCACGACGACGACUGUCAAUGUGUUUCCAAUAUAUAAUAAUAAAUAAAUCUUCAGUAAGUAAGCGAAGGAAAAGAAAGAUAGACUCAGAACCCACUUCUUUUUUCAUUUUCUACCUGGCGCGCCUCUGGCCCGGUCUUGGCGUGGACGCAAGCUCAGCGAACAGCUACUACUUGCGCAAGAUCAUGAUCGCUGAUGCCAGCUGGGAAAGCAUCACGAUGGAUUUCGCCAGCCCGCGUGCUUAUGCCUCGAAGGAGGAACUGGAGAAGUAUCGUUGGGAAAAGCAUGGCUCGCGUGCACAGGCUCCCGGUGUCUUAAUGAAUACUUUGAAGACAUACGCCGACUCUCGUGCUGGCGGCGUGUACCUGGUGGACAACUAUGAACCGGUCGACAUCAACUUCUACAUCGGGAACGAGGAAGUGCGCGGCACGGAUAUCAACUUUCCACAGUUACGUUGUCGUGCUUACUAGUUUUUCCAGUUUCAGUUUCUUGACUUCAAGUAUACGAAUAAAAAUAAAUAAACUUGUUUGAGAAGUAGUACGAAGUAAAAGAAAGUUGGAUCUGUAUUGUUGCCAAUUGAAAGACACUAACGGGGCAGCUUGACCAAGGGUUGUCAAUACUUAGACAAGCACAGACAUAUCUAAUCUAUCCGGUGGAUCGCCAUUUCGGUAACACCUAUGGUUGCAAAUGCUACCGCAGUGCGUGGAACGAGGCGGACAAGACGGGGAUCCACUUUCAGGAACCGGCUAUCAUUCUUUCCGGUUGGGGCACACAGCAGAUUCAUUACGAUAUCCCGGAGGAUCAAAAGGCUGCUUCGUCUCAGGACUUUACUGAAACCGUCCAGGACUGGCGUUACACGUACUAAAUUCAAUCUUGUUUGUUCAAUUUUUCUUCCAACAUUUCUGAUCAGGGCUCUCCUGCUGCUCGAUACAAUAAGGAUUGUGAUGGAGGAAGCGUUUUCUCUCCGCGAUCGUACUAAUCGAAACAUUUUGAUAUUCAUUAUCAUUUUUCUUCAUCAACAAAGGUACUCGUACGACGUGGCCCGCUAUGGCGAGCAAUUGAGCAACAAGCGCAUCACACCUCUUCCUGAAGCGCAAUGGAUCAAGGAUGACACCGAACUGCUCGCCAGGAAGCAAGCUGGAUUGUAUUCGAAGCAGCAACCUCAGAAGGCCUCCUCCUCGGACGGAGUUCAUGCUGUUGCGGCCCCAGGGGGCCGCUAAGCUACGAUCUUUAUCUUAAGAUUUUGAUGAGAUUUCUAGCUUUCGGUCUAGGGAUCUCGAGGAGGAGAUUCAACAAAAAGAUUUGUAAUGUUAAAUAAUUUUAAUGAGUUGUAUAAAAAUAAGUAAACGAAAACUGCGAGAUUGAAUCACAGAAAGAACAAGUGGAUGAACAAGAUCAAGAUUCAUUGUCAGUAUACACGUUACAAAGUCAAAGACAAACGUACAUCUUUCUCCACACGAAUAUCAAAUUUGCGAAUAGCCAGGAAAUUAUCUAAUUCUUGCCUGCACACCAAUCCACUUUGCAACCUCAUUUUCUGUUCCUCUGAUGUCAUAGUAUUUCAUAAGAUUCGAUGGAUUUACUCGAAAAGAACGUAGUAUCUCAAGACACGUCAUACACCCACCGCCGAGCUACUAAAUUUAUCUUGUAAACAAUCAACGAACUAAAAACUUCUAACGUAGAAUGUCACCCUCAUCGUUACCGAACGGUCCUCGACUUCUCACCACCAUACCUCCUCCUUUCAAAGAACGAGUUAUCAUUAUGAUCAUCAUCACGGUUGUUCAAUUCCGACCAUCAAGUGAAAUGUUUUGGCCCAGAACUAGUUGCGACGGCAUUGACUGAAUCUAUCACGAUCAUCGACAUAUCAAGAUACAGCAUAUCGAGAAAUCUACUCGAACUGACAAAAGAUUACGACAUUUGAAUUUAUCUUACUGGUGAAUCCGUAGUAGAAAACAGAGUGUCUAGUAUUAAUUUCUACACUGCCAUAGAGUCAGCGGUCAUAAUAUUAGCUGACUAGAAUUGAAUGAUGCAUUUCCGAAAUUCCAAUGAUGUUUGACCAAGUUUGCGAAUCAGCUAGCAUGAACUAUUGUUAUUUUUGUUGUCAUGAGAUAGAGGUGGAGUUGGAGAUGUGGUUGUAGCCGUAGCGGAGUAGCCGUUGUAGUUGUUGAUGUGGCACAUAUUACAGCAGCACAACCUUAUCUGCAUCGAUGUUCUUGAAUGAUCUCAUCAUACUAGUAAAAUUAGCGCCAUUCCGUGCGUACUACACCAGGAUGGCCGCGUGUGAACAAUUCACCUAUCAUUAGCCACGACCAUGUCUAAGUCUAUGUCAUUGAGUAACAAACGGAACCGAUCGAAUAUUACAUCUGCAUAGUUAGCUAGCAAGUAAUCAACUUCAAUAUCUAAUGAAUAUGGAAAGCGAAACAACAGGAACACAAAUUGAGAACAUAGCAAUGGCUACCAAACACAUUUGGUCGAUGCAUGAACGAACAAAACGAACAAGGUUCAAUUAUUUCUCUUCACUAUAAACAAGAACUACUAUGCACUCCACCAUGCCGC